CUUUAUUUGCUAUCCUCAUUUAAGACUUUUGUGAUAAUAAGUUUAUAAAAUUUACAUUUUUAUUUCUGUGUAAAGAACUAUCCUUUAAGGUCAAUAACAACAACAACAAGGAUGGCUGACACGUCUCAAAAUUGGCAAACACAGCAGACAGCUGUAUUGGAUAUGAAUGACAUGGACACAGGGGGAAGUGAUCACUCGGAUUAUGAAACAAAUUUUACAGACUCUAAAUCAGGACCCAAAGAAGAGCGAGGUCAGGGACCAGGUGGGACCUACAUGGAUGCCAUGAAACAAAGAUUUCAGGAAAAUGUCACCAGUAUGAUGUGGCAGUCAGGAAAGCAGAAGGCAACAAAAGCAUGGAACGUAUAUGGGAACAUAGACUUCCUGAGACCGUACUUCAAUGUUGAACCACAUGAGGUCAGGUCUAGGUUGCUGAAUUCAUUCAUUCCACAACGUCCAACAGAACAGAGACAGAAGGUACAUAGAGAACUAUAUGGACCUAUGAUGAUCAUAUUUACUCUGAUUGCACUCCUGCUGUUCCAGAUGAAAACUGCAGAGCAUAGAGUGGAGGAAGGUACAUUGAUGGGUACAGCGUUUGGAGUAUGUUUUACAUACUGGCUUGGUGCCUCAGGUUUGGUUUGGGUUCUCACGUACGUCUGUAAUACUCAUCUCACAUUGAUACAGAUCUUAUCUAUGAUGGGCUAUGGUUUGGGCAGCCAUUGUGUUGUAAUAUUCCUAGGAACUAUGAUACAUACAUCACAUGAUCAUCUUUUCUUCUAUGCUCUGUGGGCCAUUGUUUGUGGUCUCUCCACCCUCAGAAUGGUAUCUAUAAUCCUGUCACGGACACACGGACAGACGCAGAGGAUGAUUGUAUGUGGAGCCGUGGCAGCCUUAAAUCUCUUGUUUUUGUUGUAUCUUCAUUUUGCGUAUCAUCAGAUUGUUGAAGAUUUAUCUGAAGUGUUUGUGUCACAUACAAAUCCUGUACCAGUGGAUAAAGCAGAGAAUAUACUUACAAAGGGAGCUAACCCACCUGUUGUGGCUUCAGAAUUGGCCCACCAGGCUAAAAAGGUUAUUAAACCAAUGGCAGACACUGUUGUAAAAUCAGUAAACAAAACAGUAGGCGGUGCUGUAAAACAUUUAGCCAAUCAGAGCGGUCCUCUCUUGAAUGCUCUCAAAGAUGGUGCCAAAUUAUCCAAUGAAAAACCAGUUUAGAGCUGCUUAAUAUCUUGAGAUUGAAAUCCUGCAGAUGGCAGACAUCAACAGAACCAUUACAUGGAUUAUCAGCAAGGAAGUUACUGUCAGUCAGUUUAUCUAUCUGUCACACAUAGUGGAAUGUGUAAUUACAUGUUGGGACAGAUACUCAUGUGUCAUGAUACCUUCAUUUAAUUGAGUUACACUGGGACUUCUCUUUAAGAGAAACGAUAUUCUUGAAAUAGGAAAUGAACAGAUUAUAAUUAUGUUGCUGUGUGUUCAUGAGGGUAACUUUGUUUUUGAUAAACAAUAUCUAUUUUCUGAAAUUUCAUUAUUUAUUGACUGCUUUACUAGUGAACUCGUAGUGGUCUAUCGAUGAAAGUUCCAGUCAGGAAUGAAGGGGUGGUAAUGAAUAUUGUUACCCAGCUGCAUCUGUUGCUGUAGUUAUGAAAUGAUACAUGCUAAUUCAGAUCUCUUUCUAAAAGUUACACAGUUUAGUAGAAUAUAUUACCAUGUAAGGGACUGUGUACCAUCUUAGGAUAACUCUACAUCGUGAACUAAGCAGCCAGGUAACUCCCACUGUUAGUUGGAAAAGUGAUCUGUUAUGAUUCUUAGUGUAGAAGUAAGUCAGUAAUGCACUAACAACACAUUAAUAGAAACUAAAGCUUGUGAUGGAGAUCUCCAGUGAUGAGGGACCCCCUCCCCACCCCAGUGAACCUUACCUGUAUGUUGGAUAAUAUGUUUUCAGCUUCAUGUGAUUCCAAAGAAAAAUCAUAGUUUUAUUAAACAAAUGCACAGUUAUACUUAUAGUGAUGUUUCAUUUUAAUCUGUUACUCAUUAAGGGACUAACCCACACAUUUAAGGGGAAAAAUGAUUUACCUAACAAAUCCAUAAUAAGUGAGUACAUGUACUCUGAAAAUGGCUAGUGGUACAAACUUCUAGACAUAAGAUUUAUCUUAUAAAUAACCAGAAAUAUUGUGCAUCAGGUAGACUAGUAAACCAUUGCAAUGCUUUUAAAAUAAUGAAGAAAAAUUACAUUUUUCUUGCCUUUUACCCAUAUCUAACUUUUAUUUUUAGCCACUUUAUCAUUUUCCACUGGCAUAUACACAUUAUGUACCAAACUUGGUGGAAAUGAACAUGUGAAAAAAUUCACCCAAACUAUGAGCAAGUAGCUUUAAUAGUUUGUGUAUUCUUAUAUUUUAUAUAAACUUUCUCUCUGGAAGGGGUACUUGUUAUUAACCAGGUUUUCAACGAAAACCUGAGUUAUUAGAUUGGGGUAUGUCGUUGGUCGGGCGGGUGGAUGGGAGGGCGGCGGCGUCAAACUGGUGUUUCCGGUCAAUAACUUUUGUUUCGGUAAAGAUAUUUGAAUAAAACUUGGUAUGUAUGUAGCUUAUAUCAAGACAAAGGCUGGGAUUGAUUUUGGGGUUUCCGGGGUCAAGUUCAAGGUCACUGUUACUUAAAAUAGAAAAAGGGUUUCCGGUCAAUAACUUUUGUUUCGGUAAAGAUAUUUGAAUAAAACUUGGUAUGUAUGUAGCUUAUAUCAAGACAAAGGCUGGGAUUGAUUAUGGGGUUUCUGGGAUCAAGGUCAAGGUCACUGUUACUUAAAAUAGAAAAAGGGUUUCCGGUCAAUAACUUAACUUAGGAAUGAGCUAUCAUGAUGAAACUUGGUGUAUAGAAAACUUAUAUAAAGUUGUAGCUUGGGAUUGAUUUUGGGGUUUCUGGGAUCAAGGUCAAGGUCAUUGUUACUAAAAAUAGGGUUAGGUUAGGGUUAGGGUUGUGCUUUAAAGUGGUGCACUGUGAUUCAGUAUACUUCUUUAGCUCACCUGUCACAAAGUGACAAGGUGAGCUUUUGUGAUCGUGCGGUGUCCGUCGUCCGUCCGUAAACUUUUGCUUGUGACCACUCUAGAGGUCACAUUUUUCAUGGGAUCUUUAUGAAAGUUGGUCAGAAUGUUCAUCUUGAUGAUAUCUAGGUCAAGUUCGAAACUGGGUCACGUGCCUUCGAAAACUAGGUCAGUAGGUCUAAAAAUAGAAAAACCUUGUGACUUCUCUAGAGGCCAUAUAUUUCACAAGAUCUUCAUGAAAAUUGGUCAGAAUGUUCAUCUUGAUGAUAUCUAGGUCAAGUUCGAAACUGGGUCAAGUGCCAUCAAAAACUAGGUCAGUAGGUCUAAAAAUAGAAAAACCUUGUGACCUCUCUAGAGGCCAUAUAUUUCACAAGAUCUUCAUGAAAAUUAGUCAGAACGUUCACCUUGAUGAUAUCUAGGUCAAGUUUGAAACUGGAUCACGUGCCAUCUAAAACUAGGUCAGUAGGUCAAAUAAUAGAAAAACCUUGUGACCUCUCUAAAGGCCAUAUUUUUCAUGGGAUCUGUAUGAAGGUUGGUCUGAAUGUUCAUCUUGAUGAUAUCUAGGUCAAGUUCGAAACUGGGUCACGUGCGGUCAAAAACUAGGUCAGUAGUUCUAAAAAUAGAUAAACCUUGUGACCUCUCUAGAGGCCAUAUAUUUCAUGAGAUCUUCAUGAAAAUUGGUCAGAAUGUUCACCUUGAUGAUAUCUAGGUCAAGUUCGAAAGUGGGUCAUGUGCCUUCAAAAACUAGGUCAGUAGGUCAAAUAAUAGAAAAACCUUGUGACCUCUCUAGAGGCCAUAAUAUUCAUGGGAUCUGUAUGAAAGUUGGUCUGAAUGUUCAUCUUGAUGAUCUCUAGGUCAAGUUCGAAAGUGGGUCACGUGCCGCCAAAAACUAGGUCAGUAGGUCAAAUAAUAGAAAAACCUUGUGACUUCUCUAAAGGCCAUAUUAUUCAUGGGAUCUGUAUGAAAAUUGGUCUGAAUGUUUAUCUUGAUAAUAUCUAGGUCAAGUUCGAAACUGGGUCAUGUGCGGUCAAAAACUAGGUCAGUAGGUCUAAAAAUAGAAAAACCUUGUGACCUCUCUAGAGGCCAUACUUGUGAAUGGAUCUCCAUAAAAAAUGGUCAGAAUGUUCACCUAGAAGAUAUUUAGGUCAAGUUUGAAACUGGAUCACGUGCCUUACAAAACUAGGUCAGUAGGUCAAAUAAUAAAAAAAACUUGUGACCUCUGUAGAGGCCAUACUUUUCAUGGGAACUGUAUGAAAGUUGGUCUGAAUGUUUAUCUUGAUGAUAUCUGGGUCAGAUUUGAAACUGGGUCAACUGUGGUCAAAAACUAGGUCAGUAGGUCUAAAAUUAUUAAAAUCUUUUGACCUGUCUAGAGGCCAUAUUUUUCAAUGGAUCUUCAUGAAAAUUGGUCAGAACUUUUAUCUUGAUAAUAUCUAGGUCAAGUUCAAAACUGGGUCACAUGAGCUCAAAAACUAGGUCACUAUGUCAAAUAAUAGAAAAAACGACGUCCUACUCAAAACUGGGUCUUGUGGGAAGAGGUGAGCGAUUCAGGACCAUCAUGGUCCUCUUGUUAUUCUUAUGAGAAGUGUUGAAAACCUGGUUUCGUGGCAUUGCCGCGUUUCUUGUUCAUCUUUUUACUUGCAAGGCAACAUGCAGAUUGCUGUGCAUGGUGAGAUUUUGAAUCGCCAGAGCAAUAUUGUGUCAUGUGCAUGACUUCCAUCUCUAGCUUAAAGGUCAAGGUCACACUUGGAGGUCAGUAUUUUAGGUUCUUUUUCUUGUCUGGUUGAUAAUGCCUUUACAUAUGGAUGGAUAUUCAAAUAACUUAAUGGCAUAAGCAUUUGCAACAAAGAAGGGAAAUGUCCCUUGCAAGUCCUUGAAAGGUGUGGAAAAUGUGUCAAGCGUACAUAGUGAUAAUUCUAAGUACCUUGACCACCCAAGCAAGACAAAGGACAUACAUGUACACUUCUGUGCCUUAGAAUUACAUACAUUGUGACAUGGGCAUUUUUGUCUACACAUUACUUCAAAAUAAACAUAGCUUGGGCAUUUUUGUCAACACAUUUCUGGAGAAAAGUUUUCGUUAUAUUAUUUAAAAGACUUUAAUAAAGCAUACUGAGGGACUUCUCAUAUAGUAGAAAUCUGUAGUUGCCUGGUUUAAAGAAUAUUAUUUGCCAUUUUUGGGAGCAUAGAAUCUGAUGUGUACAUUUUAUGAUACCUUUAGUCACUGUGAUAUUUGUUGUUUGAAUGAUUGUAUACUAUGUCAGCUGAAAUUUCAAGCCAUGAAUUUGCAUAGUGUAUAUUUAACAAAUACAUAAAUUAUGCACUUGCUUUAUCUGAUUAAACAUUUAUAUAUGUG